AUGCGGUUCGUGAUUUUUUACGUCGUUCUUCAUCACGUCUACACGCUGUCCGACACAUCGGCACAACUUGAUCGGCGGCAAUUUUUGAGCGGCGGCAUCACGUCGCCGACAACUCCAACGAAGCACACUGAAGACAGCGAAGUUUUUCGUUCCGAUUGCUCCGAGCCGUUCAAUAAAGAUAUUUCGUGUUCGGUUCACGUUGUGUCUUGCACAAAUGCGAUAUUCGAUACAGUUGAAGCAGGAUCCGAGCCACCAGAAGCGCACGAUGUUCGAAUUGAGCCGUUGGCGAAAAUUGUUGGAAAUAAUCAAAUCGAUGAGAGAAUGCAUCGACUACAUGUCGAUAUCUCAUGGCAACUUCCCUUAUAUGAAUCGUCGUCGAAACUACGCGCAUUCAAAUUGCAUGUUUUGGGCGGCGGAAAAAAUAUAUGUUUUUCAUUCAACGUCACUCGACACCAACAAGAUGAUACCGUUUCGCCUCGAUUUCGCUUCUCUUCCGGCACAUUAUUCGAUUUCUCGCGAAACUACACAAUAUCGAUUUAUAGUCUGCCGGCUUCGACGGCGAAAUCGCCGAAGGUGACGAUCGUUCGUCGAAUGCCCGACGAUCCCGACAAAAAUCAGAAUAGCUUCAAAUUCAGCGAGGAGUUUUGCCGAAAUAAUAGUAAAUCGCAUCCACAAUCGACGAAAUGGGCGGCGAGUUUUCGCAAAAUCUUUUUGUUUAGCUUAACGCGAAUGAUUCACGUCGAAUUUUUGGCGGCGCCGGCGCAAUAUUGUUUCGAGGAAUACGAAGUGCGACUACUUGACGGCCAAGGCAUUGUCGUUUAUCAAUCAGCGAUCAUUCGAAAAGAGGACCUGAAAACGGAGAUCAUCAAAGGACGGGUGGUGCAGUUCGGCGAGCAUAAUUUCACAAAUGUCGCUUUGGAGACCGACGUCGUGCCAUCGGUGAUGCCGAUAGAGAUGUCGCGAGAUGGGAGAUGUUUGUGCGAAACGCGCAAUGGGUGUAGUUGCCUCGCGGCCGCCUGGAAGCCGGUGCGUCUAGCGCGAAUCGAAGAGCCGACCAAUAAAAAUUCGACGUUGAAAAUGGACAAGAAAAAUGGCAACGAGAUGAUCUACACUCGAACAUUCAUCGUAUCAAUCAGCAUCAUUUCGAUAGUGAUAACGGUUUUAUGCGUAAGCGCGAUAAUCACUGGCUGCCGGAAUCGAGAUCGACGCCUGAAAAUUGGAAACACAACAUCUGAUGUUGGAAACAAUGGAUCGCUUCCAUUGAUUUUGAAAUCGUCGAAAACUGUUUUAAUACUGUACUCUCAUGAUUGCGAACUUCACGAUGCGGCGGUGCUCGCAUUUGCGGAACUUCUACGCGAUGUACUUCUAAUGGAUGUGCAUAUUGACGUUUGGGAUGAAGGAGAAAUUGAAGAAAAUUGUUUCGACUACAUUCAUUCAACAAUUGUUAAAGCGCAUAAGGUAAUUAUAAUUAAUUCGAUUGGAACUUACCACAGAAUCAUUGCUCGACAAAUGAAAAGUGCGCCGGUUGAGCGGCAUUUGCCUGGAGUUUUCGACCACCUAUUCGUUCGUCAAUUCGAAUUAGCUCUACAACACCCAAAUGUCAUUUCGAUUCGUUUCGACUAUUCGCCCAGCAAAUGCACAGUGUUCGCGUUGGCCAAUUAUUUGCAAUACCCAAUUCCGAGCAAUAUUCGAACGCUCGUGUCGAGCAUCGGCGACGACGAUUCGCUGAGCGCGUUGAGCGCGCCGAAAAACGCGAGCUGUCUGACGCGUCUGAAUGAGGCCGCUGAUAAAAUGUCGACGUACACGACGCGAUUUCCCGAUUGGUUCGAGCGUUCGCAUCGAAUAAUUGAUGAGAAAUCGAGAAGUGGCUUCAAGAAUCGAAAUGAUGAGCCGCCCGAUGCGGUGGUGAAUCGCGAGACGCAUUCGGAAAAAACGCAGGCGACCUAUUUGCUGGAUGACGAGGACGAGGGAAGAGGAACUGAUUCGCAAACUGUGAGCUUAAACGACGAGGAAUAUGAGCCGUGCUGUGAUACAAUCGAUUCGGCGUACACGAGCGAUGAGUUCACCCAGACGUUUGAGCAACCUCGAGCACCGAUCAACGAUUAUUCGAAAAAGUCGCCCGACGCCACCAUCGACUCGGCGUUCCAUGAGGACCCGAUGCGCGAGCGGCGGCAGAAAUUAUUUUCUGCUUUCAUUCUCAUUGCAAAAUGCGUUUCGAUAAUCGAGGCGCAAAUCAAUCAGAAUAUCGGGCAGACGCCUCAAAAUCCGACAAUCAAUCAGGUGUCGCCUGGACAAGUCUUCACCGGAACCGGCAAUAAUCCCUAUUAUGGAGUAAAUCUUGUUCCAUUCGGACCCGAAGCCGGCGAUCUUGUCGUCAAUCCGUCGAUGCUAACAGCCGGAAUGACAAUCGAUUUGCACAUGUUCUUUCCCUUUUAUGGAGGACUCUACAAUUAUACAACAAUAUCGGUGAAUGGAUAUAUGGGAUUCGCGACGGUUUUAGACCAAGGUCCCACCAUUAACAUCGGACCUGAAACGACGGAUUGGCCGCGACAAGAAGAUCCGGCGAUGAUCGCGCCGUACCUAUGCAAGCAGCAAGUGCCGCAGUCGGGCAAUCCAGCGCGUCGCGCCGGCGUCUACUAUCGCCUUCUACUUCGGCAAUCAUUGUUCGGACGCGAGACGAACUCGAACAUGAACCUCGGCGGCACCAUGCAGCAGUCGGCGUUCUUCGGCCAGAGCGCGAGUCUGGCGUGCCCGGGAACCGCCGACACCUACGUGCGAUGCGAUCAGAACAGCGAUUAUUUUCUCGACCAAAUGAUGAUAUGGCUGCAAGAGGGUGUCGCCGGCGCGUCGAUGUUCCGCGCCGACGCCGCCGUCGUCGUCACCUGGUACAACACGGCAUCGGCCAUCUCCGGAAGGUCCGACAUCGACGCCGGCCAGACGGGCACCUAUCAAGCGAUUUGGUUGACCGACAGCGCUGCGCGACUCUCCUACGUCAUUCUCAAUUAUGAUCGUCUUGGAUUUGACGCGCAAGAUUUUCGCGCCAAUUCGCGAUCGGGACGAUGCAGGGCGGUUUUCAACGGCGGCAAUCACACUGGCUCGGUGGAAGUCGAUCCGACGCAUCAAUACAAAAACACGCCCAAGGUUCUCGCUCAACGAUCGGGCGUGCCGCACAUGGUUCGCGGGCGGUACAUGUUUCGCGUCGACGAUGUCGUCCGACCGGCGGGUUGCAGCAACAAAACCGGCGGCACAUAUCCAAUAAUGAUCUACCCGAAUAUUGUCAACAUGUUGGGCGAAAUGACGGUCGACGUGAACGCGUGCUGCCUCGAUCGCUCGCAAACCUACAUCAUGAUGAUCGAGGAGAGAGAAGUCGCCACGUGUCAAGUCAUCAAUCCAUCGAUUGCUCGAUGCAGUCUGCCGAAAAUUUAUGAUUGGGGCACCAAGACCGUCUACUUCCAGCCGCAAUCGCGCGGCGCCAAUGAUGAGAAAGCGUUCGUCGGAUAUAUUUAUUUUGUGCCGCCGACACUUGAUCCGAUGCGUCUCGACAUUGGCAACAUCUACGAGUGGUACAAAAACCCGAUGCCGAACAAUUUGAUGCCGAUCUCGUGGUAUCCGCGCAACUUCACCAAUCCCGACAUCAUCAACAACGGCAACAACAUGGGCGUUCGCAUAUCGGACGACGCGAUGUACGGCGUCCAACUCGGCCUCUACAUCAUCGGCUAUCGUGAGUUCAAAGACGACGAGAUCAAGAAGUUCCGUCCGGAAUACCGAACGCUGGCGCGCGUCACCACAUUCAGCAAUCAGAACAAUAUCAAUUAUCGCUGGAUGCCGCAAGAAGAAGUGAUCAAUACGAAUCAGAUUCAACAAUGGUAUUUGACGGAUUGGGAGCGAAUGCAUCAUCUCUACACAUAUCGAGUUGGAUUUUUCAAAUUGGCGCCAAUUAAUCCAAAUGAUAUGAAUGGCACCCAUUUGUUGCCGGGACUCGUCUCGGCGCCAAUAUCGCUUCAUUGGCUUUGGACGCCGAACAAUCAGCAAUUCGCGCAGCUCACAAUGAAUCAGCAAGAUCGCGAUGAGCGCAUCGAAUUUGUCAAAGAGAAAUCGCGAGAGAUGUGCCACGAUUGGUACGAUGAAGACGGUGCGCUGUGGAAUUUCAUUCGCGACACCGAGACGAACACGUCGUGUCCGUGCGUCGAAACGCAAGCGCUUCUUGAUUUGGGCCGAUUCAUGCCGCAUCCGAGAUGCUCACAAAUGUUCCGCGAUAUCACUUGCACAACUGUCAUCGGUUCGAGGAAUUGCUAUAUGUCGGCGUCGAAUAUUUACGCGAGCUAUGCUGGAGAGGGAAGCACAUUCAAUAAUCGGGAUACGAACCGCUUCAUGACCCAUUAUGGUCAAGUGUGUUGCUACGAUGAAUCGGGAUUCCUCAUGCAGACCCCGUAUCAGCCAGUCAUCAAAACCCAAAAAGACUACUUCUACAAUCCCGGCUAUCCAUUGCGAGCCUACGAGUUCGGCACGGCGCCCUAUAUGGGACAAUUCGAGGUUCCCGGCCUUUCGGUGUUCCAUCACGAUUAUAUGCCCUACUUUUUGUGUUGCAAAUUCGCCGAUUUUCGCUGUCAAAUGUUUUACUGGAGGCGCCCGUCAUCGGCGUGCCAACAAUACCAGCCGCCGGCAAUUGGUCGCGCACAAGGCACCGGCGUGUUCCAGACCAUCGACAACGACAAAUUCAUAUUCAAUCAGCCGGGCGUCUACAACUUUUUGUACAUUCCGCAAACGACGCGCUCGCCGGAAGUUCACAUUCAAGUGCGCCUCGAGCGCUAUCCGAAUCGCAAAGUCGAUUUCGGCCUGUUGGGUCGCUACAUUUCGCAAUGGGAGCUGGUGCAGCCGACGAACGCCACCGUCAUCACCGGCAUCGCGAUGGAAGCGACCGGCACCGAUCGUGUGGUGGUGAUGACGCGAAAAGACACGCGACGAUUCCGCUAUCGGACCAAUAUAAUUGUUGGCAACAUUUUGAGAUAUUUCGACACAAUUCGACUCCAGAGAUUCAAAGGCGUACUGAUAUAUGUGAAUAAUGUCGAACGCGGUCAACCCGAAAUUUAUGUGGUGCUCGAAGAGGCUCAAAUCGGCGUGAAAGUCACCGAGAGCUACGCGCUCGACAUCGAUCGCCUGCCGAACUAUCAAGAGUCGAUGGGCAUUCUCGACAUUCAAUUGUCGGUUCCGCCGCAAUACGGCGUCAAUCCGACGGGCGACAAAACGCAAGAAAUGACGUACCGUCAAAUGUACGAUUUGCCGCGCGUCAGCGGUUUGAUGCGUCCGUUCCCCGAUCAGACGAGCGGCUCGCUGAUGGAAGGCCUCACGUUGAACGACGUCAAUUCGGAGACCUAUCGACAGCAAAUCAUUAGCAAUUAUCUUGUGCUCGGAUCGGGCGAGGCUGGAACACAACAGAAUAUGGCGGGCACACUCGCGCAAACCCUACCUCAAGACAACAUGUUCACCACAUCGAAAGACGAGGACAAACAGUUCGACGUGUUCCCGGAAGCGAACAUGCGCUCGGAGCCCGUCUACAAAAUGGCGCCCGUCUAUGAUACGGGCGCGUUUCGGUUUAUGCCGCAAACCGGCGCGAUGAUUAUUCAAUUGUUGAACACGUGUCGCGAUAUGCAGACGAAUCCGAAUGUUGAUCUACAACCCUAUCAGAGUGUUUCGACGCUGAGCUAUGGAAUGCAAUGUCCCGACGAUCCGGGAGCGAUUCUCACCGAAUGUGGCGACAAUGUUGCAUGCCUCUAUGAUUAUGCGCUGUUGAAUUCGAAAAUACUAGCGCAAGAGGAGCAGGAUGCAUGGAACAGCUUCUUCUCGGAUCGACUAGUUGCCGUCAAGCAAUACAACAGCUGUGGAGCGAUUAAUAUUGAAUAUCCGGAGUAUAUGAUGAAAACGCCGGCGUUGGCUUCCGGAUAUUUGCAAGGAGACGUCGCGCGAUUCGAGUGCUAUCAAAGCCAUUGGGUCAAGGGAGAUAAUGAAUAUAAAUGUGGAGUCGUUGUUGACUAUAAUCGGCCGAAUGACUAUCGAUUCGAGUGGAACAAGGGCUCGCAGCCAUGGUGUCGAUCGCGAAUCAAGGAGAAUUACUUCAAAUGGAUCGCGACGGUGUUUGGAACCGUCGGCGUCAUUCUAGUGAUAUUGGCGAUAUUCGCGUUCUGUUGGUGCAUCAAACAGAAGAAAUUGCAAGAGCUUCGCGGCUAUGGCGGCGGCGCCUCGUACACGAACAACGCCUACUUGAAUCAGCCGUACGAGACGAAGCCGCCGCGGGCGUUGUCGGUUGGCGAUUUGUCGAACGCGCCGCGCACGGCGACGAUGGCGAUGCCGCGCGACACGACACCGAGCACACUGGAACCGGCGAGAAUGUCGCCGGCUCCAUCGGAUCUACGAGGGUCUCAGGGAAUUAUUGGCCUCAACACAAGUGUUUAA